AUGUUUUCUUGCAGAAUGCCAUUCGGAAACGACCCGCCGGAUUAUGUGCACCUGCGGAGCAAUGAGAGUCAAAUGCAAUUGAUUACGAUCAGUGAGAAUAGUGAUACGCCAACACCAAGGUUGAAAAAAAUGCCUCGACCACUACCAUCUCAAAAUGAUAUUCCUUUAUCGUCUUCCAGCGGAUCACCAUGCUUCAACGCUCCAGCAAGAGACGAGGCGCCAGCUGUGAUUUUUAUUCCGGGAAAGAAGUUCCAAGGCACAUUCCGAUGGUGGAAAUCGCGGACUACAAUGGAGAAGCUCUUGAUUCCAACGAUGCUCCUCUUCUGCCUACUUACUGCUGUUCUUCUUGCAGUGAUAAUCAACACUGAUAAGCGGAUAGAGGCAAUUAAAGCUGAUCAUGCUACACAAACCGAAAAGUCGUCGGAGAAAGCUCCAGUUGCUCCAGCGGCUCCGCCCCUUGUUCCUGACUCUGAAGCUCCACCGACGACUACGAUUCAACCGAUUCCGACGUCUUUUGAGAAGCCUAAAAAGCCAGAAGUGUGCUCCACACCAGGAUGCGUUAGAGCAGCAACUCAUUUCUUAAACGCCAUGAACACCUCCGUGAACCCCUGCGAGGACUUCUUUGAGUUCGCCUGUGGCCAAUGGAACGACCAACACCCGAUUCCUGAUGAUAUGUUUGCUUUUGGAACAUUUGCUUAUGCCAGAGAACAAGUUCGCCAGCAGUUGCGAGUCCUUCUCGAGCAAGAAGUCGUCACUGAAUCCGAAUCGAUUAAUAUGGCCCGAGCUACGUAUAGAAGUUGCAUGAAUAAGACGCAGUUGGAUGAGUUGAAGACUGGACCUCUCAUCGAAACCCUGACGGAACUCGGAGAGUGGCCACUUCUACAUGAAAGUUGGAACAAGACAACAUUCAAUUUGACAAACCUUCUUGUCAACUCUCGUCGCGACUAUGGUGUUGACGUCUUCUUCCAACUUUAUAUCUACGCGGAUUCCAAAAAUACCUCAAGGAACACUCUCUUUAUCGAUCAAUCCACUUUGGCACUGGGUCGUGGAACUCGAGACUAUUACUUGAACACUACCCUCUUUUCAAGCCAUAUGACAGCGUACAGAAAGUAUUUGAGAAAUAUUGCCCAAAUCCUGAAAGCAGACGGCAAUUUGACACGAAACGAUGCGGACAUGAAUGCAGAUAUCGAGAAGAUUAUUGAUUUUGAGAUUGAGUUGGCGAAGAUCAUUGUUGCUGAGGAUGAGCGUCGGAACAACACCAGACUCUAUAAUAAACGAGCCAUUCGAGAUCUCUAUUCCCUAUUACCUCAAGUCGAUUGGGUUCCAUUUUUCCAGAGCAUUGCACCCACUGAUCUUAUUGAUUUAUUCCAUAAUGACACUGAAAUUAUUAUUUGUGAAAUCGAAUACCUUCGACAAAUUUCCGAGCUCCUUGAGAAGACUGACGUGGGAUUGCUCACCAAUUAUGUGCUAUGGAGAGUAGUGCAAUCGAAUGUGAGAUAUUUGGAUGAGCGAUUUGAGGAUAUAAAGCAGGUUAGGCAAACUUCUGGAACCUCAAAAUUCGAAAAAGAACUUCAGGACUUCCUAAAAGUGAUGACCGGUCAACAACAGUCGCCUCCAAGAUGGAAGGAUUGCGCUCAGGUUCCAUCUACCGUACUCCCACUGGCAGCAGGCGCAAUCUACGUUCAGGCGCAUUUCCAAGAGAGUGAUAAGUAUGAGGCACUUCGAAUGAUUACUCAUUUGAGCAAGUCUUUUACUGAUUUGGUUCGGAAGAAUGAUUGGAUGGAUGAGGAGACGAAGAAAGUGGCGAUUGAGAAGGCGAAUUCGAUGAUUAAUAAUAUUGGUUAUCCGGAUGUGACUAAUGAUAUUCCAUUGUUGGAUAAGCAAUAUGUUGGGCUCCACAUCAGUGAACAUGACACCUAUUACUACAUCAUGAAGAAGAGUGUCGUAUGGAUGCAAAGCCGAGAAUUCCAAAAACUUACAAAACCAUUUGACAAGCAUGAGUUCGACAUCUCUCCAGCAGUGGUCAAUGCCUUUUACUCGCCGGAGAAGAAUGCUAUCACCUUCCCCGCCGGUAUUCUCCAACCUCCAUUCUUCUCUGGAACAUUCCCCAAAGCAGUCAACUAUGGUGCUAUUGGAGCCGUCAUUGGACAUGAAAUAACACAUGGAUUUGAUGAUCAAGGAUCACAGUACGACAAGGAUGGAAAUUUGCACAAUUGGUGGAGCGAUAGCUCUUUGCAGGCGUUUGACAAGAGACGACGUUGUAUUGUGGAGCAGUAUGGAAACUAUACAGUUCCAAAGACCAGUUUCCGGGUCAAUGGAAAACUAACCCAAGGAGAGAAUAUUGCUGACAAUGGUGGUGUGAAAGAAGCGUUCCAAGCCUACCAGAACUACGUCCAUGAGAAUGGAGAGGAACCGAGACUUCCCGGAUUGCAGCAAUACACUAACGAACAGAUAUUCUUCGUUAGUUAUGCUCAUUUCUGGUGUGGCAAAAAGAAGGAAGCGGCGGCGAUGCAACAAGUGCUCACCGAUGAGCACUCUCCAGAAGUCUUCCGUGUGAUCGGCGUUCUUUCCAACAUGGAAGCCUUCGCAGACGUCUACAAAUGCCCCAAAAACUCUCCAGUUAACCCAGACCAUAAAUGUAUUGUUUGGUAA